AUGCUUUGUUGGAAGAGGUUGGUGGAAGAGUGUGUGUCUGCAAAAGCUGUCAAGUCUGGCAACGCCUGUUCCAGGCCGCAGGGGUAUCCACAGAGGACGCACGAAGAGCGGAACUGGUGCCAAGUUUGUCGGAUUUCGUUCUUCAGGCUCACCAAAUACACUUCUGCUUCGCUGACAUUGAAAUGUCUUCUCACCUCAAGAUUGUACCCGCUACCUGCCGUGAUCCAUGGACUGCCGGAGGAUUCAAGUCUACAUUGCAGGAAGUGGGCACUGCCCAAGCUGCUUGAAGUGGCUGACCUUGGUGAGGAUCUCUGUGGGCCAAAUCCGGAGGCAUUGAGGGCCGCCUUCAAGACUCUUGGCUCCCAGAGCUCAUGCACGAAGGACCGACUGAAGCAGCUGGCGACAGGCCACGAUGGUGGCCUGACGGAGGCGGACAUAGAUGAGCUUUUCGCGCUUUGUGGUGCAUCUUCGCAGCGAGUUUCCACUGACACACUCGUUGAUGGCUUGGUCGACUGCAUAUGCCAGCCGAAGGCACAUGUGCAUAAAGCAGUGCUGGGACAAAGCCGCUUGUUCCUCCCGGGAUAG